CACAGAAGGCGCCGCCCCAGCCCUCCCGCCCCCCCGCCCCGGCCGCCGCGCUUGCCCUCGGAAGCGCAGGCUCUCGGUGCUGCGUUGGGGGGUGCCUGGCACCUCAGUCUCGCGUCCCCAGCCCACUGCACCUCCGGGCCCCCCUUAUCCUCGGGAGGCACCAGGAGUUGUCGCAGAGGGGCCUCGGGAAAUUCCCCGGACCCCUGUGCCAGGAGGUGCCUCGUGCGCCCGCCCGCUCCCCCCGCCCCGAGGGCGGUGCCCGGGGGCGCUGCACCAUGGAGCCGGGAAGCGGGCGCCGUCUGCUCCCGGAGCCGUGACCCGAGUCGAGUCGAAGCUGUGUGUCACAGCCGCCCGACCCCGGCAGAUCAUGCGCCGCCGUCCAGGGCUCACCCGCCCCGCCGGGCUGUGAGCCCCCCAACCCCUGGCCCGCCCAGGCCCGCGCGCCAUGGGCAGCGCCCACCCUAGCCCUUGGCUGCGGCUCCGACCCCGGCCCCAGCCGCGGCCCGCACUCUGCGCGCUCCUGUUCUUCCUCCUGCUGCUGGCUGCCGCGGUGCCCAGGUCAGCACCCAACGACAUCCUGGGACUCCGUCUGCCUCCAGAGCCUGUGCUCAACGCCAACACUGUGUGCCUGACAUUGCCUGGCCUGAGCAGGCGGCAGAUGGAGGUGUGUGUACGCCACCCUGAUGUGGCUGCCUCAGCCAUCCAGGGCAUCCAGAUUGCCAUCCAUGAGUGCCAGCACCAGUUCCGGGACCAGCGCUGGAACUGCUCUAGUCUUGAGACACGCAACAAGAUCCCCUAUGAGAGCCCCAUCUUCAGCAGAGGUUUCCGAGAGAGCGCCUUCGCCUACGCCAUCGCGGCAGCCGGCGUGGUCCACGCGGUGUCCAACGCGUGCGCCCUGGGCAAACUGCGGGCAUGCGGCUGCGAUGCGGCGCGGCGCGGGGACGAGGAGGCUUUCCGCAGGAAGCUGCACCGCCUGCAGCUGGACGCACUGCAGCGCGGGAAGGGCCUAAGCCACGGGGUCCCCGAGCACCCGGCCCCGCCCCCUGCCAGCCCCGGCCUGCAGGACUCCUGGGAAUGGGGCGGCUGCAGCCCUGACGUGGGAUUCGGGGAACGCUUCUCUAAGGACUUUCUGGACUCCCGGGAGCCCCACAGAGACAUCCACGCACGCAUGAGGCUCCACAACAACAGAGUCGGGAGGCAGGCGGUGAUGGAGAACAUGCGUCGGAAGUGCAAGUGCCAUGGCACUUCAGGCAGCUGCCAGCUCAAGACAUGCUGGCAGGUGACGCCGGAGUUCCGCGCCGUGGGGGCGCUCCUGCGCAGCCGCUUCCACCGCGCCACGCUCAUCCGGCCGCACAACCACAACGGCGGCCAGCUGGAGCCAGGCCCCUCGGGGGUCCCCUCGCCCUCCCCGGGCGCCCCAGGCCCACGCCGCCGCGCCAGCUCCGCCGACCUCGUCUACUUUGAGAAGUCACCCGACUUCUGCGAGCACGACCCGCGCCUGGACUCGGCGGGCACCGUGGGCCGCCUGUGCAACAAGAGCAGCGCGGGCCCUGAUGGCUGCGGCAGCAUGUGCUGUGGCCGCGGCCACAACAUCCUGCGCCAGACGCGCAGCGAGCGCUGCCACUGCCGCUUCCACUGGUGCUGCUUCGUGGUCUGCGAGGAGUGCCGCAUCACCGAGUGGGUCAGCGUCUGCAAGUGAGCGCCCGGGUCCCUGGAGCCUGGCCUCCAGCGGCUGGCGCUCUCGGCCAGGCAGCGUCGCCUUGGCUCCUGGGACAGGAGGAGGUUGGACCAUAUGAGCCUCUAGGAAUCUCCCAGCUCUGAGGCUCAUCAAGCCUUCGAUCACAGGACAGUCCAGGCCGGUCUGGACCCCACCAGUCACUUCUGUGGGCUCCAGGACUGAUUUGCCUGCCCCUCGGUGCCCCAAGCUCAGACAGCUCAAUUGGGCUGGGGAUUGCCCCACCUCCUAGGGCUAGUGUCCAACAGGCAACCCCUGGGACUGUCUCCUUUCAUCCCAUCACCCCUUCCCAUGCAGGGGAAGGGAAUGGAAGCUGACAGGCAG